AAUGCAUCUUCUAUCCCACCAUUACAUAUAAGUGAAACCAACCCUUACCCUAGAACAAGCUCAUAAAAACCUUUAUCUUAAAACAUGGCUUCUCUUCUUCUUCUUCUCCUCCUCCUCCUCAUCCUAUGUGGUUCUUUGCAUGCAUGCACCCCUCGUCCUCUUACUAAAAAUGACACAACAAAACAUCAUUUUGAUAAGGAUUUAGACAGUGUUAAAACGUUGAAGAUGUUAACAACAUUAAGUGUGAAGGAACAUAAUAAGGUAGAAGAAAAUACAACACAGCAACAGAAAAUCGUAAAUAAUGACAUAAAUAUUGGUGUCGGUUGUAGCAGUGCAUCAACUUUGAAGAAAGUGAUCGUAGAGCCAUCUUGCCAAACAGGUUCGCCAUCUCUUCUUGUAGCAAAGGAUGAGAGGGGACAUGCAAGGUCAAUGCUUGGACCAGGUAGACACCAUGUUGAAGAAACAAUGGUUACAAACACCAAUGAGAAUGCAGAAGACAUAGUUGAGAUGGAUUAUGCACAACCACAUCGGAAACCACCUAUUCACAAUGAAAACCCAUGACUCACUACAUUUUAUGAUUAAUUACUUUACAAACAAAGGCUUUUGAUAAUGUGUGAGGAUGUUAUAAGUUCUUUAAUUUUUGUUGAAGUUAGAUAGGGUGAAGUAAAUCAUCAAAUAUAAGUGCACAUGUAAUGUCUUGUUGAGAUGUAUCUUGAAAAAAAUUUAGAAAGAUUCAAAUCUCAAAGUUUUAUUU